GUAUGCCAGCGAAAGAAAACCAGAAGUUUUUAAUAUUUAACAAAUAUUUAAUUCUACAUUUGUUAUAAAUUUUUUUACAUUUUUAUAUAGAUAAUUUGAAAGCUUUGAUGCUAUUACCAGUGCUACUUCCUGCAGCAAAUUUUAUUCCCAAACGUAAGAGUAUACGUAGUACCAGUGGAGGACCAAGUGCAAGUGAGAGAAUUAAACUAUCUAAAGGACUACAAUCUGCAUUCAGAGAAACUGAAAUCGAAAACUUAUUUGGUCCGACGACUUCAAAAGAUAUUAUUACUUCAACUUUUCCAAAUCCCGAGUUAUUGAGAAUGCUAAAGGAAAGCUCAGACAUUAAAGCAACUGUUUCUGCAUUACGUACUGAAUCAGUGGAAACAGUUCAACCCUAUUUGCUUGCUGUUUCGGGAUUACAAAUGAAUAAAUAUUUCAUCAUUGGUGACGGAAGAAUGAUUGAGAUUCAUAAAAAUGAAAAUCCGCUUACAGGAAUUGAUCUUCUCUUCAAGUUACAUUAUGUAACCAAUGUCGAAUUUUCGAAAUCAUUAUCGUUUUUUUAUAAUUUCAUAGAAAUGUAUUUCUAAAAGACAAACAGCAACGUUAUGAGUUUUGUUUAAUCAUUCUAUAUAUCACUGACAAAUGUUAAAAUGGACUCUUCGACCACAAUGAACACAUGUGGCGCAAAAGAUACGAAAAAUGUCAAUAGUGACAUUUAAAUGAUCUGUGAUUUAAUUAAUGUGAUUUGUUUAAUUACUUUUAAUUUUAUUUAUGUUUGUACUUCAUUGAUGCUCAUUCCAAUGAUACGUUUUUCGUUGAUUUUAUAAGACUAACAACAAUAUUUUGAAAUCGGUUCAAUCAUUGUGAAAAUCACUAAAAAAAUGUUAAAAUGUACAUUAACACUUCGACCAAAAUCAACACAAGUGGUGAAAUAGAUACGUAAAAUGUCGAUAAUGACAUUUAAGAAAGCAAUUUUGUAUUUCAGAUUAUUAAAACCAAUUAAUAAUUUAUUAAAAAUGUUUAAAUGUAAAAAUUAAUAUGAAUUAAAUUUUAUAUAACUGUUUCUAUUAGCGAAAUUUAUUAUUAUCGACAAUUUAAUUAAAAAUAAAUAUUUCUUUUGACAGUA